AGAGGAAAAAGGUUCUCCCGAUCCCGCCAUACUUACCACUAUUCCACCACACAGCCAUCAUCAAAUUAACUCCAACUGAUCCAUCUCAACAGUGGUGAGGUACAUUUGCCUGGGUUGCUGCAUUCAAGCUUUUUCCACUUCUGUGUUGGACUUAAUCAGACUACGUUUUUUUUUUUUUGCCAUCACUUUUGACGUUUAGCCAUUUUUUUUUCUUUUAUUAGAACUUUCAGAAAUACAUUUCAUUUACUGCCGUAGGACAUCUGCAAGUGCUCUGAACCUGUGAUCGUCCUGGGCAGAUAGAGAUUUCUGUAAUUGUUGCUUAAUACAAAAGAAAAAGUUUUUGCGCUGAUUUUUUCGUUUCAACUAGCGGACUAUACAUUUUCAUCAUGAACAAGCUAUACAUUGGAAAUCUGAAUGAAAACGUGACUGCAGAGGAUUUGGUUAAAACCUUUGAUGACAACAAGAUUCCAUACUCUGGGCAGUUUCUCAUGAAAACUGGCUACGCGUUUGUGGAUUGUCCAGACGACCAAUGGGCCAUGAAAGCUAUUGAAACCUUUUCUGGUAAAGUGGAGCUACAUGGAAAACGUAUCGAGGUCGAACACUCUGUCCCUAAGAAGCAAAGGACCAGGAAACUCCAGAUCAGAAACAUUCCACCACACCUGCAGUGGGAGGUGCUGGAUGGGUUGCUGGCACAGUAUGGAACCGUGGAGAACUGUGAACAAGUGAACACAGACAGUGAGACUGCCGUGGUGAACGUCACAUAUGGAACUCGGGAACACGCCAGACAAGCGAUCCAGAAACUGAACGGCUACCAGUUUGAGAACAACGCCCUCCGAGUCUCCUAUAUCCCCGACGAGAACUCCGAGAUGGACGCGGGCCGCGGCCCCGACAACGGUCGUCGGGCGGGGUACGGGCCGCGCGGGCCUCGGGGCGGGUCGCCGUCGGGGAUGCCCUCCAAGCACCAGCACGCCGACAUCCCCCUGCGCCUGCUCGUACCCACCCAGUACGUGGGCGCCAUCAUCGGCAAGGAGGGAGCCACCAUCCGCAACAUCACCAAACAGACCCAGAGCAAGAUCGACGUCCACCGCAAGGAGAACGCCGGCGCGGCCGAGAAGCCCAUCAGCAUCCACUCCACCCCGGACGGCUGCUCCUCCGCCUGCAAGAUGAUCCUGGACAUCAUGCAGCAGGAGGCCAAGGACACCAAGACCGCUGACGAGGUUCCUCUGAAGAUCCUCGCUCACAACAACUUUGUCGGCCGUCUGAUCGGCAAGGAGGGACGCAACCUGAAGAAGGUGGAACAAGACACAGACACCAAGAUCACCAUCUCCCCGCUGCAGGACCUGACCCUGUAUAACCCAGAGAGGACCAUCACAGUGAAGGGCCCGAUUGAGGCCUGCUGCCUGGCCGAGCAGGAGAUCAUGAAGAAGGUCCGCGAGGCCUACGACAACGACAUUGCUGCCAUGAAUCAACAGACUCACCUGAUCCCAGGCCUGAAUCUGGGAGCUCUCGGUUUGUUCCCACCCUCCUCCUCCAUGGCCCCGCCCCCACCUGGAAACUCCGCCUCUGGCGCCCCCUACGGAUCCUUCGGGGCUCCGGAGCAGGAGACGGUGCACGUGUACAUCCCUGCCCAGGCGGUGGGGGCCAUCAUCGGGAAGAAGGGGCAGCACAUCAAGCAGCUGAGCCGCUUCGCUGGGGCCUCCAUCAAGAUCGCCCCUGCAGAAGCUCCAGACUCUAAGAUGCGCAUGGUCAUCGUGACAGGCCCACCUGAGGCCCAGUUCAAGGCCCAGGGCAGGAUCUACGGGAAGCUGAAGGAGGAGAACUUCUUCGGGCCUAAGGAGGAGGUGAAGCUGGAGACCCACAUCAAGGUGGCCGCCGCCGCCGCCGGCCGCGUCAUCGGGAAGGGAGGCAAGACGGUGAACGAGCUGCAGAACCUCACAGCAGCGGAGGUGGUGGUUCCCAGAGAGCAGACCCCGGACGAGAACGACCAGGUCAUCGUCAAAAUCAUCGGACACUUCUACGCCAGCCAGCUGGCCCAGAGGAAGAUCAGGGACAUUCUGACUCAGGUCAAGCAGCAGCAGAAAGGGGGCAUGGGGGGCCAAGGCUCCCACCCCCAGGCCACCUCAGAGAUGGGGCCCCCGCAGGGGCUGUCGCAGGAGUCCCAGCCGCGGAGGAAGUGAGGGGGCGGGGCCUCACCUGACGGACGGACAGACAGACGAGGCACGGACGGAACGACACACGGACCCAGCGAGGAGGGAGGGGCGAGAGACACCGAGUCAGAGAGGGAGGGACGAGAGCGACACCGAGUCAGAGAGGGAGGGGCGAGAGCGACACCGAGUCAGAGAGGGAGGGACGAGAGACACCGAGUCAGAGAGGGAGGGACGAGAGACACCGAGUCAG